AUGUCGCUGGAUCAACACCAGAUGCAAAGAUUUGAAGAGAUGUCCACCGCCAUGCUCGGAGAGAUGGCCGCAAAACUGGAAAAAACGAGAGAGAUGUUGAAGGAGAUUGUUGGCGCCGAGGAAAAUGUGGAAAUGCCUUGCUCCGAAGAACCUGAGGAUCUGAUCGCUGUGAUCUCUCGAAUCAUUGCAGAGAAGGAUGCCGAAAUCCAAUAUCUCAAAGAUCUGAAAACCAAUCCAGGCGCCGCUAUCGAUAGCAAAAUGAAUGCUUACCUCUCCAUCAUCCAAACUCAACUUUUGUCUCAAAACGAAUCGGUGCAAGCGGAAAAGCUGAAAAAAUACAAGGCACGACUUCAGACGAAGAAUGUGAAGAUUCGGGAGUUGAGAAAUGAGAAUAAGGAUUUGAAUGAGAAGUUGGUGGAGGGAAAGAAGAAGUUUAUCGAUAAGGAGAACAAAUUGGAGGCUGAUAUUGAGAAAAAGAACAAUUUGAUUCAAAAACUCGCCACCGGGAUGCAGGAUUAUAUGAAGAGUACUACGGCGAACCGUAAAGAAUUCGAGGAGGACAUCGAGGAGCUCACAGAGAAUCUUCAAGAAGCCGAAGAUGAAAUUGAGAAGAUGCAGGUGGAGGCAAGGGAGAGAGAUGAGAGGCUGAAGGAGGCGAAGGAGCAAGUGAAGAAGGAAUCGGCGAGAAUUGAGGAGAUGAAAGUGGAGUUGAAGGAGACGAAGGCGCAGUUGAAGGAGUGUCUGGAUGAUAUGAGAAUGAUGAAGAAGGAGCAAAAAGAGGCGGAGCUAAAGAGGGAGAAGAAGGAGAAGGAGAUUGAGGACUUGAUGUACAUCAAAUACCUCUCCAAAGUGAACGACACCCCACCAACACCACAACAGCUUCCACCGCCAUCAGUUCUCUCACCACGCCAACAACAGUGUCAAACCAACUAUCUCUCCAUCACUAAAGAGUUCCCAGAUGCUCUGAGACUCGUCGAUAUCAGUCAACUGGUGGAUAUGAUCUGGGAUGGGAUGACUAUGGACGAUCUUCGAAACACUUUGAUGCGUGUACGGAAGGAGGCGGAGCAAAGAGAGGCGGAGAAUAAGGGAAUGAAGUCAAGCGACUUUUAA